UAUGGUACAAAAAUGUUGGCAUUUUCUUAACGAAAUCUUCUGAUAAUUCGUGUGCCGUAGCCCGUAGCCUGUAAUGCCGUGAACUAGUAAACCUUACCGUACGGCGUACACCAACAUCAGAACAACAAUACGUUAUAAAAGUGUAUGUGUAUGACUUGUGAUUGUGUUUAAUGUUUAAUUGUUUAAUGUUUGAAGUUUAGUUUUAGUCUUUACUGUUGACUACAUGUUACUACAAUUCUACUAUAGGUAAACCUGUAACUUACAAUUUUGAUUUCAGCAUUUAGUACUCGAUACUAAUGCUGUAGCGCGUUUGCUGCUGCAAAUUGACUGAACCGAUCGAAACUUAUCGUAUGUACCUACAUCCUAUUUUUGAUACUUCAUCAAUUUUUAACUAGUUAACUGUGUAGGUGAUGCAAUCCUCGAAAUUGUUAUCAACUUCGUCAUAUAGUGGUAUGAAAUAGUUAGUCAUAUCGAUUCUUGGUCGUAUUUAAAUAUGCCACUUGACAUGUGUUUUGAUUUGAGACUUCUCGAACUAUACACUUCUAUGCUUUGAAAUUCAACCUUAACAAAAUUGACUUGAGUAUUAACUCUCAUUUGUGUGUGCUGUGGUUAUGUGGUCUGAUCCAUCGUCAACAAACAUGGCUUAUGGAAACCAAUGGAUGAAUCCCGCUUUAUAUAAAAACAUGACAAACGAACAAGUGGAUUGGGCAAGUUUGGCUCAACAAUGGAUCAAAAUGAAAGAAACUCCACCUCCCAUGCCAUCUGGACAACAAGAUAGAAUGUCAAAUUCUGAACACGCUUUACCAGGUCAGCGCAUUGAACCUCAGAAUCCUUCAAACAUAACAGCAGGAACGAAUACAACACUUAAUGAUCAUAUUAUUUCCAGUCCAGUUACACGAAGUAAUAUUGAAAAACCUAGUGCUUGGAAUACAUGGACUUGGCAGCAACAGCAACAAUGGAAUUGGAAUUGGGCAUCUUCUUCAACAGCUCCGCCUACUAAAACACCUAUAAUAGAGUCAAUGAAUUCACUUAGACCCCCUUUUAUGGUACCUCCUAUGUUAUCUGAACCACCUCCACCUUACUCAAUGAUGACACAAAACAAACCAUUUCAGCCCAAUAAUUAUUGGGUAGGGCCCAACACUAGACUGCCACCACCUACUACUGAACCAAAUCAAUGGAAUAAACUUAAUAUAAUUUCUAAUAUGGAUGAUAAAACUCAAGAUUCAUCGUUUAUUGAUGCUGCUAAACGAAAGCAAUUGCCAGCUUGGAUUCGAGAGGGACUAGAAAAAAUGGAAAGAGAAAAACGAAGAAAAAUUGAGCAAGAACAAUCUUUUAGUGAAUCUGAUUAUUCUAGUUUCACAAAUGAAAAUGUUACUCAGGAAUUGCCAAAUUCACCUUCGAAUUUAGACCACGAAACUCAAAUGGUUGAUGAUAUUGAACCGGCGUCUUUUGAUUAUAUCAACGAGAAUGAACCUAAAAAAACUGAGUUUGUAAAGAAUAACCUUUCUCCUCUCAUUCCACGUAAGACUAAAGCUCAAAUCUGGGAAGAUACGAUGUUAAGUUUACGGAAAAUUCUAACAAAAUUAUUGAUGGAUGUUACUAAUGAUAUGAUGUUAAAUAUAGUCAAAGAUGUGUUGAAAACUACUUUACAAACAGAUAAUCAAGUGAAUCAAAACCAAACAUCAUUAGCUGGUAAGCUGGGGCUUGGAGUUUAUGGUUCAGAAUCUGGGUCAUCUGAUGAAAGUGAUGAAGAACAGCACAUAUCUGGUCAUAAACAAUUAAAACCAGAUUCUGAUGAAGCUAUUCAAGAAAGAAUAUUAAAACGCCAUCGCGAGUUCAGUUAUAUUGAAGCGAGAAUACUUAUAGAAUUGGAUCAACUAGAAGACCGGGAAAAACUUGUAAGGUCUAAAUUUGAUAAUAGUAUCAUACUCAGUGGAGAAACUAAUGAUAAUAGUAGUCAGGUAGUGGAAAACAUUCAGAAAAAAGGACAUAUUGAAGAUGAAGGAUCUAGCCAAAAUAUGGUCAAGGGACAUGAUAAAAUCAAAAAAGAAUUAUCUAAUAAUUCAAAUAUAAGAAAUGGACAAAAAAAAAAGAAAUCUAAAUCCAAAAGAUUAUCAAGUUCUAGUUCAUCAAGCAGUAGUAGUGUUAGUAAGAAGAGCGAUAAUACUGACUUUAAAGACAGGAAUAAGAAAAGUGAUAAAAUUAAAUCCAAAUCUUCCAAUAAAACAAAUGCCUCGACUAAUGCAGAUAGUGUAAAGAGAAAACGAAGAUCGCGUUCUAGAAAUAGAAGUAGAUCUCAUUCAAUAUCAAAGAGUAGUAGGUUGCAUUCAAGAUAUAGGAGUAGGUCACGUUCAAGACAUUAUGAUAGAAGAUCUCCACAUACUUAUAGAUCAAGAAGAAGUCGAUCGCCACCAUCGCAUCAUUCACAUUCUAAAAAGCACAAAAGCAAACGAGAUAGUUCUUCUAGUUCAAAUGAAUCAAGAAGUAAAAAACACCGCAACAGACGAUAAUGUUUUGGUCAAAAUGUUAUUUUAAGAAGUUGAAAUUCUUUAUUAAUUUUUUAUUAAUACUGACUCAUUUAAUUAAUUAAAUUUUAGCUUUAUUUAUAUAUAUAUUUAUAAUAUAAAUAUAUAUGUUUUACACUAGGUUUAGAUUUUAAAAAAAUUAAUUAGGCCCAAAACAAAUAAAUAAUACAUUUUUUAAUUAUUUAAUUUAAUAAUUACUGCCAAUUCAAUUUUUAUUAGAAAUUUAUAAUCUUAUCUCAAUCAUAAAAACAAAUAUAAUUUUGUACAUUUAUAUUAUAUGUGUUACUUAUAAAUAAUAGAUCCAUAAACUGUAAUUUAUUUGUUUACUAUUAGUUAUUAUAUACAUACUUUAUCGUUUUUACUAAAACCAUAGUAACUCCUUAAAAUCCUCAGUAUUGAACGUAAACAUUAACAUAAGGAACAUAUUUGUCUUGGCAAGACUCAGUAAUUUCAAUAUAGAUUUUAAACAACAUUAAAAAAUUUUAUUUUAAAACUUAUCCAAUUUUUACUCAUAGAACUUGAAAAUAUAAUUUAUGAUUUUA